AGGCAUAUGCGAAUUUUAAAGGAAAAAAUACAGUUGAAAUUCAAAUAUACAUUGGGCUAUUUAUAUUUAUUUCUAAAGAAUUGUUGAUCAUAAAUUAGUGUUGAAGUCUCUUUAAUUUAACAACGUAAGACUAUUUUACCAGGAAUAACGCGCGCGCUGUUUUCCUUUUUUUGCUCAUCGUUCACACUCCAGUCCAGUAGGUGGCGUUAAAAGCGCAAAAAGGUGACUUUCAAACAAGAAGUUAGUGUGGAUCUGAAGCAUGUUUUCCAAGCUCCUGAGACUCUGAUGCAGUUCUUAUUGUGGGUGUUGUAUUUUCAAUGUUUCAUAGUCUCGCACUUUUCUCGGAAACAUGUCUUUAACCGCGAAAUGCUGCAGGUCAGUCAUGGCUUUCAGACCAAAUAUAUUUUAUCCGAGGAGAUCCUGCGUGCUGUUUUCAACUAGCGUUAGUCCGGCUGACGAAGGGACAGCGGGGUCGGGGUCACAGAAACGACGGCGAAGACGGCAGAAGAAAGCGGCCUGGACCGACGACCUGUCCUGGGAGGAGAGGCUGGCCGAUGCGGUCACUCCUCUCUGGAGGCUGAGCUAUGAGGAGCAGCUGGAGCUCAAGCAGAGCAAUCAUCGGAGGAUCCUGUCUGAACUCUCAGGAUCUCUUUCACCUGAUCUCAGGUCAGCUUUACCAGCACCUGCCUCAGCUAAACUCAACUUCCCUGUCCUGCCUGUUCUGCCCUCCCCAGUCAGGGAUGGCUACCGCAACAAAUCCACGUUUUCAGUCAACAGAGGAGUGGAUGGGAAUCCAAAAACAGUUGGAUUUUACCUAGGGACGGCCAGUCGGGGAAACAUUGUCUGUGUGAACGGAGAUCACCUGCUCAACAUGCCGGAGAAGCACACACUAGUAGCCAGAUGUUACCAGGACUUCAUCCGCCAAUCCUCUCUGGAGCCCUGCCUGCUGUUCCACACCGGGGGUCACUGGAGAGAGGUCACGGUGAGGACCAAUGCGCAGGGACACACCAUGGCUAUAGUGUAUUUCCACCCACAGAUGAUGACCGCAGAGGAAGUGGCUGUUCAUAAGGCUGAGCUGGUGGAGUAUUUCUCAAGGGGUCCUGGGUCAGCCUGUCAGCUAGACUCCCUGUUCUUCCAGGAAAGCACCAUGACUCGCUGCACGCAUGAGGAAUCCCCGUACCAGCUACUGCACGGUCAGCCAUAUUUGUAUGAGGAGGUCCUGGGCUUCAAGUUCCGCAUAUCUGCCGAUGCUUUCUUCCAGGUGAACCAGGCAGCUGCUCAGGUGCUGUAUAACACGGUCAGAGACCUGUGUGUCCCAGGAGGAGCACAGUCAAAAACAGGAAGUACUCUGCUCGACGUGUGCUGCGGCACAGGCGCCAUCGGCAUUAUCUCUUCUCCCAGAGUGGACAGGGUUAUCGGUGUUGAGAUCAUAGAGCAGGCAGUGAGAGAUGCCGCACACAACGCCGCUCUCAAUAACGUAGAAAACUGUGAGUUUCUCCCUGGUAAAGCGGAGGUGGUGCUCCCUGCUCUCAUGUCUCAGUUGAGCUCUGCACCCGGAGUCCUUACCGCUGUGGUGAAUCCGUCUCGAGCUGGCCUCCAUCCCAAAGUAGUCAGAGCGCUGAGAAACCAAGACGCUAUCCGCAGACUGGUCUAUGUGUCCUGUAAGCCAGACGGAGAGGCGAUGAGGAACUUCAAGGAGCUUUGCUGUGCUCCUAAUCAAGAAAAGAAGCUCACAGGAGACGCUUUUUCUCCCACUCUGGCUGUCCCUGUGGACAUGUUCCCACAUACUCCUCAUUGUGAACUGGUGCUUCUGUUUGAGAGGUAGCGCGUGUCAUUUUUUCGUACUUCCUUUCUUAACUAGCCUGACUGGAUUAAUGGUGGAUUAUGGCAGAUGAAUUUAUUGUUACAUUAUUUUAAUAUGUAUGUUUUCAGAACUCUGUGGUGUUAUAAAGACGCUUUAAAUUAUGUUUUUAAAUGAACAUGUUGCUUAUUGAGCAAACAUUAUCAUGUUUGCUCAAUGUUUGUUCAUUGAUUUGGUUUUAUUGCACAUGUAAGCAAAGACAAGUACGGCGGAUUUCCUUCUUUUUAUUUCCAGCCCGAGCUUCAAAACUGGCAGAUAUCAAAUAAAAAUGAAUAUAUUGUUUA